GGCUAAAUCACUUUUUCUUUGUUUUCGUCUACGUUGUUGCAUUAAAGAAUGGCAGACGACGAAUUAGAAGCAAUAAGACAGCAAAGGAUGGCCGAACUCCAGGCGAAACAUGGGAACACAGCAAUGGCAGUUCCACCCAGUCCACUGACCACCCAUGUGCUGAAUAUUGUCACUGGAAUCCCCGUGGCAGAUAUGGCUCUCAGUCUGUACGGACAGGACGCCUCAACCAAAGUCUGGAAUUUGAUCACUACUGGAGUGACCAACAGUCAAGGCCGUUGCCCAGGACUCAUCACUAAAGAAAUGUUUCAGCCUGGUAUGUACAAGAUCCGCUUUGAAACGGAGCUGUACUGGGAGAGUUUGGGGGAGACCAGCUUUUAUCCCUAUGUUGAGUAUGUGUUUGCCGUCGGUGAUGCAGAUCAACAGUACCAUCUUCCUCUUCUUCUGAGUAGAUUCUCAUACACCACAUACAGAGGAAAUGAGGCAUCGUGACCAUCCACAUCCUCCUGUUAAAGAGCAUCAUCAGACCUCUGUCAAGGAAGAUAUUGUCUCUGAAGUCCAUGCUUUUGCAUUUCAUGAUGAUAACCCCAGUGUGUUGAGCAUCAUUAACACUGCAGUUUUAUUCUGAAAUGUGAAGCAACAAUAAAGUUUGCUAACUCUG